ACAAAAUCAAAAUAAACCCAAAAUUCAAUGAAAAUUUCAUUACAGGAUUUUAAACCUGGAUUUAAAUUAUACAGAAGAGAUAAAACUGUGGACCAUUCAGGCUUUGUUGAAAAAUAGUAAUAAAAUUACAUGGAAGGGUUUGUCGAAAGCAAACUAUAAAUUACAGGCUCUGAUCGACGUGCGUUGGGCAUAUUUUGGAAGAAAUGCAACGAUCGCUUUGAAAUCAGUCUUGGAAAUGCUGAAGAGAAUCAUCCCAUCUAUACUGUUUCCUCUGGAAGUAUGAGGUCGAUCAAACAAACAAAUAAAUGUCUCUUUUUGCUAAACAUACUUUUUUUCAAAAUAAGCUUAUCAACAUGUAUGCCAAGUGCGAUAGUUUGGUUGAUGUUCGUAAAGUCUUUGAGAAGAUGACAGAGCGAGAUGUGUUCUCAUGGAACGUGAUGAUUGGAGCUUAUCAAAAACAUGAGCGCCCUCAUGAGGCUUUGACGAUUUUUCACAAAAUGCAACAAACAUCAGUUCACCCUGAUCACUUCACGUUUGCCACCAUUCUUCCGGCUUGUUCUAAAAUUGGAGCUUUGAAAAUGGGUAUGGACAUCCAUCAGGGCAUAAUGGAGAUGGGAUUUUUUUCUGAUGUGGUAGUUGCCAGUGCACUGUUAGAUAUGUAUGUAAAAUGUGGGAGUAUACACCAGGCAAGGGAAGUGUUUGACAAUAUGCCUGAGAGAAAUGUGGUUUCCUGGAAUACCAUGAUUGCAGGAUAUGCUCAACAUGGCUAUGUUGAAAAGGUUUUGGAGACUUUUAAGCAAAUGCAAUUCACGGGUCUAAAGCCGAACUCUUCAACUUAUGCGAGCAUCCUCAGAGUAUGUGCUAAAAUUGGAGCUUUGGAUCAGGGUAUGGAGUUCCAUAAAAGAAUAUUUGAAAGCGGAUUUUUGGGAGAUGUCUUAGUUGCAAAUGCCCUGAUUGAUAUGUAUGCAAAAUGUGGAAGCAUACGGAAGGCUGCAGAACUGUUUGAGAAAAUGCCUCACAGGGACACGGUCUCGUGGAAUGUGAUGAUCACGGGAUAUGCAAAAAAUGGUUACGUUGGCGAGACUUUAAGGCUUUUUAAAGAAAUGCCUCAACGAAAUGUCGUCUCAUGGACAGCAUUGAUUGGAGGGUAUGCACAAAAUGGGAUCGCUGAAAAGGCCUUGGAGGCUUUUAAGCAAAUGCAAUUGGCAGGCAUAAAGCCAAAUUCUACAACCUUUCCCAGCGUUCUCCCAGCGUGCGCCCAAAUAGGAUCUUUGGAGAAGGGAAUGCACAUCCAUGAAAGCAUAAUUGAAAGCGGGUUUUUCUCAGAUGUCGUAGUUGCAAGUGCCCUGAUAGACAUGUAUGUAAAAUGUGGAAACAUGCAAAAGGCACGAGCAGUGUUUGACAAAAUGCCUGAAAGAAAUGCGAUCUCAUGGACUAUGAUGAUUGCAGGGUAUGCAAAACAUGGUGCUCUUGAAGAGGCUAUAAAUAUUUUCAAAGAAAUGCCUCAUCGAGAUAUGGUCUCAUGGAGUACAAUGAUUGCAGGAUUUGCACAAAAUGGGCUUGUUGAAAAGGCGAUUGAGACUUACAAGCAAAUGCAAUUGGCAGGUUUAAAGCCAGACUCCACAACUUUUGCCACUCUCCUCCCAGCCUGUGCCAAAACAGGAGCUUUGAAAUGGGGUUUGGACAUCCAUCAAAGCGUAAUUGAAAACGGAUUUAGGUUAGAUAUUGUAGUUGCUAGUGCCCUAAUAGACAUGUAUGCAAAAUGUGGAUGCAUACAGAAGGCGUGGGAAGUGUUUGAUAAAAUGCCUCAAAGAAAUGUUAUCUCAUGGACUGCGAUGAUUGCAGGAUAUGCACAAAGUGGCCUUGUUGAAAACGCCUUAGAGACUUUCAAAAGAAUGCAAUUGGCAGGCGUAAAGCCAGACUCCGCAUCCUUUGCCAGCACCCUUCCAGCGUGUGGCAAAAUGGGAGCUUUGGAACAGGGUAUGGAGUUCCAUCAAAGAAUAAUUAAAAGCAACUUUUUGUCGGAUACCUUAGUUGCAAAUGCCUUGAUAGACAUGUAUGCAAAAUGUGGUAGAAUACAAAAGACACGUAAACUGUUUGACAAAAUGUUGGAACGAGAUACAGUCUCAUGGAAUGCGAUGAUUGCUGGAUAUGCAAUGCAUGGCUAUGGCAAAGAUGCUCUCGAACUCUUUGAACUAAUGAAACACUCUGGCGUACACCCUGAUCAUGUAAGCUAUGUUUGUGUAUUAUUCGCAUGCAGCCAUUCUAGCCUACUAGAAGAGGGUUGUAAAUACUUCAAUGGCAUGAGUGACUUUUAUUGUAUUAAGCCUAUAAUUGAUCAUUACGUAUGCAUUGUUGACCUUCUUGGCCGUGCUAGCUAUCUUGAUAAAGCUCUGAACUUUAUCAUCAAAAUGCCAAUUAAACCUGCUGUGGUUGUGUGGAAGUGCUUGCUUGGCGCUUGUCGAUCACAUAAUAAUAUAGGGCUUGGAGUAUUUACAGCGACUCUUUUUUUGGAGCUGGAUCCUAAAAACGCUGCACCUUAUGUUCUUCUGUCAGACAUCUAUGCAGAAGUGGGCAGGUGGGGUGAUGUUCAGAAGAUAAGGAGAUUGAUGAAAGAUGAAGGAAUCAAGAAGAUACCUGGAUGUAGUUGGAUUGAAGUCCAUAAAAUGGUACAUGUUUUUUGUGCAGGGGACAGAUCACACCCACAAAAAGAAGAGAUCUAUGCAAUGUUAGAGAAAUUGUCUUGGGAAAUGAAGGCAGCAGGUUAUUUUCCAGAGUCAAGACAUGUACUGAAUGAUGUGGAGAAGGAAGAAAAAGAGUUUUUUCUUUGCCACCAUAGUGAGAAAUUGGCAAUUGCAUGUGGACUGUUAAACACGUCCCCAGGAAUGAUUAUCGGAGUUGUGAAAAAUCUUCGAGUAUGCAUUGAAUGCCACACUGCUACCAAGUUUAUCUCUAAGAUUACUUCAAGAGAAAUUGUUGUGAGAGAUGCAAAUAGGUUCCAUCAUUUCAGCCAAGGACAGUGUUCUUGUGGAGAUUAUUGGUGAUACCAAGUGAAUUAAGCUGUAACUGCAGGCUUUCUCUAUGACAUGGUGCAUUGUGUCGAACUUGCAGCAAUAAAAAUGAAUUAGGUUUUAUUUUCAUUUUAUAAAGAGUUUGUACAUCCCAAGCAUUUGGAGAGCUAAUCCAGGCUGUUGACUUUAUAAAAUCAGAUGCACAGUAAGCAUCACUCCUACUGAAGUGAAUUUUGUUAAAACCCCACUUCAAAAUUCCUUAGAGGUGUCAUGACACAACUGUUUUUCACGAAGCCAUUACAUCUCUGGAAUGAAAAGCGGGAGGAGGAGGUUAAAAAUGGAAAAACCUAAUGGAGACCAAUACUGGAUGGAAAUAGAAGUCUUCUCAACCAGCAGGAGAUAGAUUUCUGAUGCUGAGAAAGGAAAGUAUAUGUGGAAUAUAAGAUUGAAGUUUCACCCGCGGCAUCUCUUCGCUCGCUUCCCGAUCCAAGUACAGAUUGAGUAGUUGCCCGAGCAGAUUCAGUUCCAAUCGAUCCAGUUUCUUCAGCAUCCCCACCAGUUCCAGGUAUGGUUGGGGAUUUAGAUCGAGAUCCUUUUGAUUAUUCAAAGCGAGUAGAUUCAUCAGUUUACUGCAGUUUACUACCCAGUUUAUCUACCUGCAAAGGCACUCGCAGUUUACCGAAUGGAAGCAAAGGGAGUUUAAGCACCUGUCAAAUAAAUAAAUAAAUAAAUAACCAAUUGGAGAACCGGCAACCCAGGGAUCUGUAUCUCGAUUUGGUAAAAUGCAAUUGGCGAAUGGGAGACUUUGAUAGAUUGGGUUCCGUAUAUGGAUUUGAUACUGGAACACCAUAUUAUGGGUUUCGUAAAGAAAUGGGUGCUAAACCAGGUAAUGGCUAGGAUGCUCCUUACUCCGCUGCUUCUGGAACUGUACCUGGAACUUGUACUGAUUUAUCAUAUUUAUCUGCUCUAACUGCUUAUGCUUAAACUAGCUUAUCAUAUUUAUCUACGCAAUGAACUCAAGAAGAUGAGUACCAUAAGAACUUGAGAAACAACACAAUGGGAGACAUUGUUAGGAUCUAGGAGGACAUUGUAAUUUGUAGCUAUAGAUUAAAAUAUUAUCAAAUUGGGUAAAUUUCUUCUUGAAUUGCAAAC